ACGGGUUAGCCAGUUAGCUAGCUCUUCAUUCCUGCUAAAUAUUUUAAAGUUUCAUUGUUUUAUUUUGAGUCGUUUUUUAAAUUCACAUAAAUAUGGGUUACUUGAAGCAGAUAGAUGUGGAAAAUUUUAAGUCAUGGAGAGGAAAACAGACAAUUGGUCCAUUUAAGAGGUUCACUUGUAUCAUUGGUACUAAUGGCUCAGGUAAAUCGAAUGUGAUGGACGCGCUGGGGUUUGUAAUGGGAGAGCGAGCGUCCAGUCUGAGGGUGAGGCAAACCAGAGAGCUGAUUCACGGCGCCCAUGUCGGUAAACCGGUCUCGCGCACAGCCUCGGUCUCCAUGUGCCUCUGCAACGAUGACGAUGAAGAAACCAUCUUCAGCAGGACUGUCUCAGGUGACUCUUCGGAGUAUCGGAUCAACGGCAGACAGAUGACACUGUCCAGGUAUACGUCCGAGCUGGAGAAGAUCGGUAUUGUGCUGAAAACCAGAAACUGCCUAGUGUUUCAGGGUGCUGUGGAGUCCAUCGCUAUGAUGAGCGCGAAGGAACGGACAAAGAUGUUUGAGCGCAUCAGUACCUCCUUUGAGCUGGCGAACGAGUACAACAACAAGCUGAGUGCGCUGCAGAAAGCCAAAGAAGACACGCAGUACCAUUUUAAUCGUAAACGAGCAGCCGCUGCAGAGAAGAAGCAAGUGUUCAAAGACAAAACUGAGGCUGAGAAAUAUCAGGCGCUGGUGGAGCAGCUCAGUGAAAGCAAGCUGCAGCUCAGCCUUUUUCAGCUUUAUUACAACGAGAGGGGUGUUAAUGAGCUUGUUGAGUCACUGGGAGAGAAACAGGAGGCUGUAGCUGUCAAAAAGAGCGUGGUGGAGGAGUGGGAGCAAACUGUGAAGGCUCAGAAGAAAGAGCAUGGACGCCUGAACAGAGAAUUGCAGAAACUAGAGAAGGAGAUCAAGUCCCAGGAGGAAAUCCUCAGCCGCCAGAGGCCUCAGUACAUCAGGGCCAAAGUGAACACCAGUCACCAUCAGCGCAAGCAUGAAGAGGAAUGGACCAGCCUGUUGAAGAGCCAGAAGGAACAGGCCAAGAAGGAACAGGGGGUGCAGGAGCUGGAGACGGAGCUCGUUGAGCUGGAGAAGGCCUGGAAGGUUUACGAGAGAGAGAUAGAGGAGUGGGAAGCUCAGAGGGGCAAAGAUGUACAGCUCGAGGAAGCUCAGCUGGAGCGUUAUAAGGAGCUGAAGGAGUUGGCUAGGAAAAAGGGAGCCGUGUUGCUUCAGAAGGCUGAGAAAAUACACUGGGAGCUGAAGGCUGAUCGGGAAAAGCUGGAGUUUGACAAAAGGCGAAAAAGUGAAGUUGGGGCAAACAUUAAGCAUGCUGAAGAUCAUCUGGAUGAGUUAAACAGACGGGCUGGAAAACUGGAGGAGUAUGGCGUUACCUCAAACAAAGCUCUGGACGAGCUGCGGGAGCAGGAGCAAAACUUGGCAGAGUUGUUGGAGAGCGGACGGUCGCGGAUGCUGGAGGUGAACAGAGAACUGGCCGUGGUAGUUCAGGAACUUCAGAACGCUCGCAUAGAUAGCCAGGAGAAUCGGAGACAACAGAAACGCGAUGAAAUCCUCGAGAGCCUGCGCAGACUCUACCCGGACGUCGUGUAUGGACGUUUAAUGGACUUGUGCCAGCCCAUCCACAAGAAAUACCAGCUCGCUGUCACAAAGGUGUUCGGCCAUUACAUGGACGCCAUUGUGGUGUCCUCUGCUAAAGUGGCCCGAGACUGCAUUCAGAUUAUAAAAGAGGAGAGAGCAGAGCGAGAGACCUUCCUCCCUAUCGACAACCUGGAUGUAAAGCCACUGAACGAGCGUCUCAGGGAGGUACGUGGAGCCAAGAUGGUGGUGGAUGUGGUGCAGUGUUCCCAGAACGCACCCCAGUUGAAGAGAGUGGUACAGUUUGUGUGUGGGAACUCCCUUGUGUGCGAGAACUUAAAAGACGCCCGUCACGUUGCGUUUGACGGCUCAGAGCGCCUUAAGACUGUAUCUUUGGAUGGUACUUUGUUCUCCAAGUCGGGGGUGAUCUCUGGUGGCUCAGCUCACCUGCGCAACAAAGCUCGGCGCUGGGAGGAAAAGGACAUGAAUGGCCUAAAAGAGCGCAAGGAGCAGCUUAGUGCAGAGCUGAGGGAACUAAUGAAACUGAAACGCAAGGAGGCUGAGCUCCAUCAGAUCACAGCCCAGGCUCAGGGAAUCCAGACUCGCCUCAAAUACUCCAACUCUGAGCUAGAGUCCAUAUGCAAAAAGGGCAUCCCAGUCUAUCAGGCUGAAAUCUCCAGAUUGGAAAGUGAGCUCUCAAACCUGAAGUCUCAGAUCGAAAUGCAGACAAGUAAUGUGCAAGUGAAGGACAGCGAGGUUACAGUGCUCCACGAUGAAGUCAAUCACAUGGAGGACACGGUGUUCUCAGAGUUCUGUGCCGAGAUCGGGGUAGCCAACAUUCGUGAGUACGAGCAGGAUUAUGUGAGACAGCAAGGAGAGAUCGAGAAUAAGCGGCUGCAGUUUGAGUCCCAGCAAACCCGUCUGAAGACACAACUCGAGUAUGAGCAGGAGCAGCUACACAAGCACCGCAAGCUGAUUAACAAAAUAGAGGAGUCCAUCAAGAAAGAGGAAGAUGUCACCCUUAUGCUGAAAGAGGAGGAAAACAAGCUACUUGCUGCAGUAGAUGAGUCUCAGGUGAAGCUUCUAGAGUUAAAGCAAAAGCAAGUGGACAUGACGUCUUACGUGAAUAAAGCAAAGUCUGAGCUGGAUACGAAGAUCAGGGGCCUUCAGGAGAACUCCAGGCAGCUGGUAAAGAAGCAGAAGGAGAUGAUCUCUGUGGAAGCUGCGUUGGAGCGUCAGAGACUUUACAAACACAACCUGCUGCUGGGCUGCAAAAUCGAGGGGCUUCCCCUCACUGUGCUCUCUGGAACCCUGGACGACAUCAGUGACAUCCAGCUGGACUCUGAAUCUACAGACACCACCACACAACACAUUUAUGAGCGAGAAGAACAUAUGGUAAUAGACUAUAGACAGUUGGGAGAUAACCUGAAGAGUCUGACAGAGGAGCAGCAGGUGCUGGCCCAGUUAGAGGUCCUGGGAGAGAAAGUGUCAUCUCUGGAGAAACUGAUCAGUGCAUCCAAACCACCCAACAUGAAGGCCCUGGAGAAGAUGAGUGAGGUGAAGGACAGCUUCCGUGGAGUACUUGAUGCGUUCGAAACCAGCACAAGCGCAGCUAAGAAACGCAAUCAGGAGUUUGAGCAAGUGAAGGCCAAACGCUAUCAUCGCUUCAGCCAUUGCUUCGAGCACGUUUCCAUUGCCAUCAACAACAUCUACAAAAACCUCUGCAGAAACGAAAGUGCUCAAGCGACUCUGAGUGCAGAGAAUCCUGAAGAGCCUUACCUGGGUGGUAUUAGUUAUAACUGUGUGGCCCCCGGGAAGAGAUUUAUGGCCAUGGACAACCUGUCAGGAGGAGAGAAGUCGAUCGCAGCGCUAGCUCUGGUGUUUGCUAUUCACAGCUUCCGUCCUGCCCCAUUCUUUGUGCUGGACGAGGUGGACGCCGCUUUGGAUAACACAAACAUUGGCAAGGUGACAAGCUUCAUUAGGGAGCAAUCAAGAAAUAACUUUCAGGUCAUCGUCAUCUCACUGAAGGAGGAGUUCUACUCACGAUCAGAUGCUCUGCUGGGGGUCUAUUCUGAGUUCAAUGACUGCAUGUCCAGUCACCUCCUGUCACUGGACCUCACUCCGUACCCUCUCAACGACGAGAAUGGCAGAGAGAGAGAGACGGAAAUGAGCUAAAAGGAGCAAUAAAAGAAAACAAGAAAAGGAAA